CUCCCGCUCAGCUCCUGCGAGUGGGGACCGAGAACGAAGCGAGACUGAAGCCGGUGCCCCGGGGCCGGAGCUUCUGGGGAGGUGACCUCCUCGCAAACAAGACUUGGAAGUUGAGGCGCCAAGAAGCGUUCCCGCGGCCCCCAUCUUCCGGCUGGUGGGUCCGCGUAGCCGCCGGAGCGCGGCUGAGAAGAGGCGGCCAGCAGGUCCCCUCUGAUUGGACGGCGCCAAGUCCCAGCGGGCGCCUCCGCGGCUUAAAAACGAAACCAAGACGGGAGGGAGCUAGAGCGGCCCCGGCCGGCCCCGGCGCCUGGGUGAGGAGGCGCAGGAGGGGUGGCCGGCCGGAGAGACCACACGGAGGCCCGGGGACCCCUCCCUCAGACAGCCGGACGCGCCCGCGGGGGCAGGAGGCCGCGGCGCGGUGGCCAGCUCCGGAGAGCUAUGGCCGAGCUCAAGUCGCUGUCGGGGGACGCGUACCUGGCGCUGAGCCACGGCUACACUGCCACCGGCCACGCCUACGCUGCGGCGCGCGGACCCGAGACGGCCCGCGGCUUCGGGGCCUCGGGGCCCGGCGGCGACCUCCCCGCGGCGCCUGCUUCCCGCGUCCCCGCCGAGGCGGUCGAGAGCAGCGGAGAACAGAGCGCCGACGAGGACGACGCCUUCGAGAGGCGACGGCGGCGGCGGGGGCCGGAGGUCGCGGUGGACACGCGGCGGCGGCCCCGGGAGCAGCGCUCGCUGAGGCUCAGCAUCAACGCGCGCGAGCGGCGGCGCAUGCACGACCUCAACGACGCCCUGGACGGACUGCGCGCAGUCAUCCCCUAUGCGCACAGCCCGUCGGUACGCAAGCUCUCCAAGAUCGCCACGCUGCUGCUGGCCAAGAACUACAUCCUCAUGCAGGCUCAGGCCCUGGAGGAGAUGCGGCGCUUGGUGGCCUACCUCAACCAAGGCCAGGGCCUCGCUGCCCCCGUGGCCGCCGCUCCUCUGACGCCCUUCGGCCAGGCAGCGGUUUUCCCGUUCUCUGCGGGCGCCGCGCUCGGGCACUGCCCGGACAAGUGUGCCACCUUCUCGGGAUCGCCCUCGGCGCUUUGCAAACACUGCGGCGAGAAGCCCUGACGGCACCCCGCAGCCGCCUUUCUAUUUAGACUGUCCCCUGUCCUCACCGGCCGGACUCGAUGGAGAGAAGGCGGUCAGACCUCGGACCCAGCUUGCAGAACUUGUUGGGUGCAGAAUGCGAGGUCCGUCCUGGCAGAGCCACAGACUUGGUGCUGGACUCCAGACCCCACCUCAUCUAUAGUGCUCUCUCGGUGUUCUCUGGACGUUGCUAGCGCUCUGGAGGUGAGGAUGACGGGUUACCAGCUGUGCAUCAAAAGAAGGCCAAGGGAAGGAACAAGUAGUGGCCGCUCCCACUUCUGACAGGUGACUCUGCCCAAGGCUCAGGAGCGCAGGCACAGAGCAUCCCUUGACCAUGUCCUAGCACUGGGGAUCAUCCUCUGCCCCAGUUCCUUCUAAGCCAACCUGCAGCGCCUUGCUCCAACUAGACGCGGUCCGCAGGACGGAUGUGGCCCCUCACCAAGGGCCUCUGACGGCUCCAAGACUCCAGACCCUGACAGAGAUUCUGGGAGAGAUUCUGCGGUGGUCCUUUGCAAAGGAUGUAAGGCAGAUGGAAGAAGAACCCAAGAGAUGAGGUUUGCAAUAUUUUCCAAGUCUGAGCUUGUUCUCUUCAUGCUCUUGCCUGCCCAGAGGCUCAGGAAACCCAAGCUGGCCAAAAAAGUCUGUGAAACCAUCCCUAAAUAUGCCCGGAUCACUAGCGCCUGCUUCCUGCGGGCUGGGAUGGGCGUCACUUCGUUCUGCUUGUCCCAAGGGGACUGGUGAAGCCCUCGGAACCUGCUUCAGGGGCUCCUUCACCUGCAGAGUCAGCCGAGGACUCCAGUCUAGCUCCAGAGCCAACCGAGCCCCUCUGCGCCAGUUUGCGAACUUCUAAAGGAAGCCGGGCUACCGGUGAGUACCCGGCGCUGGACUGAAUAGGAACUGAUCACUCACCAAAUCGCAUCGCAACCCAGAAUCCUUCCACUCUCCCCAGUCCAAGCCUUAGCCCAGGAGCCCCAGAUGUUGGCUGGAUUUUGAUCGGUGGCCCUUGGCAGCUUCCGCCUCCAUUUACCCAAUUUUCUUGGCCUUCGUUGAUGCAAAGCAAAUCAGGAGAGGGCUGCUGCUCUGCAAAGCGCCUGUCUAUAGCGCUUAACUUCAAUUAAUGCGUUUGAAAAGGCCCUUUUGUAUUUGCAAAAUGACGUGUGUGAUUAAGUCUUAUUCAUAAAGACGUAUGCUUAAUACUGGUUUCUGCUCAUUUCCAUUUUUUAUUUCUUAAUUGUCUUUUCCCCUCCCCUAAACUAAUCUGCUUUGCACAUUUCAAAACAGACUUGCUUUUCAAGUUCCCUUAAGAUGAACAGGGAAAACUGAAAAUUCAAGUGUUGUUAGCUCUGGGGUCAUUACCCAUCAUUAUCUGACAAGUCCUGUGUUUAUGUUUAGACCGGGAAUGGUAUGCAGAUAAAGUAUUUGAUUUCAGCUUAUUUUACAAAAAUAGUAUGAUUAAAUUUUAAUAUCAAAUUAAA